UCCCACCAGGCUGCAGGAGGAGACCAGCCGCUGCCGCCAUGUCCGACCGAGGAACCUUCGACACCAACGUGGUCACCAUGACCCGGUUCGUCAUGGAGGAGGGCCGGAGGGCGAAGGGCACCGGGGAGCUGACCACGCUGCUCAACGCUGUGGGCACGGCGGUGAAGGCCAUCUCCAGCGCCGUGCGUAAAGCUGGGAUCGCUCACCUUUACGGUAUCGCUGGCAGCACGAAUGUGACGGGAGACCAGGUGAAGAAGCUGGACAUCAUGUCCAAUGAUCUGAUCAUCAACAUGAUCAAGUCGUCCUUCACCUCCUGCGUUCUGGUGUCUGAAGAGAACGACAAAGCCAUCAUCGUAGAGCCGGACACGAGGGGAAAGUACGUUGUGUGCUUCGAUCCUUUGGACGGCUCGUCCAACAUCGACUGUCUCGUCUCCAUCGGCACCAUCUUUGCCAUCUACAGAAAGAUCACAGAUGACGAGCCCGGUGAGAAGGACGCGCUGCAUCCCGGCAGAAGCCUCGUGGCAGCCGGCUACGCCCUCUACGGCAGCGCCACCAUGGUCGUGCUCUCCACCGGCCAAGGAGUCAACUGCUUCAUGCUCGACCCAGCAAUCGGAGAAUUUAUCCUGGUGGAUCGGGACGUGAAGAUCAAGAAGCGAGGGAAGAUCUACAGCUUGAACGAAGGCUACGCAAAGUACUUCGACCCCGCCGUCACGGAGUACCUGCAGAAGAAGAAGUUCCCCGAGGACGGCACUGAGCCCUAUGGUGCCCGCUACAUUGGUUCCAUGGUGGCAGACGUUCACCGAACACUGAUGUAUGGAGGCAUCUUUUUAUACCCGGGCAAUGUGAAGAGCCCCAAGGGAAAGCUGCGGCUGCUGUACGAAUGCAACCCCAUGGCCUUCAUCAUCGAGCAGGCGGGGGGCAUGGCCUCCACCGGAUUAGAGAACAUCCUGGACAUCCAGCCGGAGAGCAUCCACCAGCGGGCUCCCGUGGCCAUGGGCUCCCCGGAGGACGUGCUGGAGUACAUCGCCAUCUGCCAGAAGCACGCCAAGAAGUGAGACCACACCGACUCUUCACUGUCCGGCCUUAAGAAGAAACCUUGUAUCUCCCGUCGGUCUGAGAAAGUUGUGCUUUUAAAAAAAUCUUAAUGUAAAUGUAUUUUGAAUCGUGUGUUAUGGCGUUUGAGAAAGUUUCUCCAGGCCUGAAGUUUACAGUUACAAGGUUUUCAUGCCUCAGCCGCCAUGUUGCUGUUCUGCUUAUAGAAAACUGCUGGAAGAAGAUGGUUCUGGGAAAAACAUGAAAACUGUGUAAUACAACACAAACCAGCAAAGACCAAAAAUGUGAAGAAAAAAACAAACAAAGAAUUCCUCCUGUUUACCUCCAGCUGUGCCUUUUAAUAAAAUAAACAUUCUAGACGUGUGAAGGACCAAAAAACAACAACUUAUAUGCAAAACAAAAACCCUGAUGCCUUUCCAGUGUGUAAACAAAUGCUGUUUGAAAUGAUCAAUAAAUUCAAACGGGUCUAUGAAGGAAAA